GCUUGAAUUGGAUGCUGAAGGGAACAAUGGAGGAAUUGUCGGUGCAACGAAGUUGCAGAGUGAGACCAUCACUGCUGGAGCUAUGCCUGAAGCAAGCUACUACCCAGUUGCCGGAUCUGGCCGGAUCCUUACAGUCGAUACCUUUGGAAUUGGCGGAAGUUUUCUUCCGAUAUUACCUCGCUCGGGGAAGAAAUGUUCGGCUUUUCGAAUUGGAGGCGUUUUGUCGAGCGUUUUGGAACCCGCGCCAUCUCAGCCUGACGGGAGUAGAGGGCUUGAGCUGCAGAGGCUUGACGUAUCUUUCUCAUGCACCUAACCUUGUCAGGCUGGACUUGAGCUGCUGCCCCUGGCUCGAUACGCUGAAUUUUCUUCCAGAAAUUCCUCAUCUCCGCUCUUUAAAAUUGCGAGACUGCACGCAAUUAACCGAAGAUUCGCUCAUUUUUAUUCAGCAGUUGCGGGAAUUGGAAUGCCUUGAUGUGGAAAAUGUAAAUUCUUUCACUGAAAGGCUUGCUUCUCACAUUAUCCAAGGCAUGACGUCCCUCGUUUCUCUAAACUGCAACGGGACCGGUGUAGGGGAUGGCUUUGUCGAUGCCCUAACUUAUGGGUGCCGCUUGGAAUCUUGGAUUACUGCUCAAGCCGCCUCGAAGGCUUCAGGAGCUGGUCGCCAUCACUUUCGGAUCUCUACAAGAGCUCCGAGCAACUUCGACACUACAGCUUACGAUUCACUGCGACAGCAAUGGCCAAGACUGAACAUCAAGUAUUUGCAUAUGCAACGAACUACUGUCACUCAAGCUGCUACUUCGAAUCUGCUUGCCUUGGAAGAUAUCAAGCUCCUGGAUCUCCGGACUAUGAAUGUCUCACGCAGAACUCUUGUUCCACUGCAAGCAAAAUAUGGAUUGAUUACACCCCCGAAUGAUUUCAAGCUGUUAGGACGAUCGAACUCUAUGCUGGUUGCCACGUUGGGAGGUGACUGUUGUUGUGAACUCGACACAGAAGCAGGAGCACAACGGUCAGAGAUUAGAGGAGCAAAUGACUGGUUUGUAGGCUGGGAACACACAGGUUUUACUUUCCUUCUAAGGGAAGCUAGUAGAGUUCAAAACAUGGUCUAUGAUUAUGGAGUAGCACGGGGGGCGUGAUGGAAGCUAAGCAGCUUGACACUGUGGAUAUCAAGUUGGCACUGUACCUUCGGAAUCAUCUUCAUGUACAUAUUGUGGUGCUUUACUGCAUCCCCCUUUUAGGGUUUUUACAUCGCCGUGCUGAAACUUUCUAUCUUGACUGUAAGGGCGCAGAUUGGCAUCAUCGCAGUCACGAAGGACUGACAUCAUACACUCUAGUGUCACAAUGUCAGUAGUAGUUGUAAGGUAAUUUUAGUUGCACUCUGACUGAUCAAAUUGCCUUGUACAUAUAUUUUGGAAAAUAUUUUAUGAAGAUUUGAUUUCUGAUACUGUAUUCCCUCCUCAAACUUCAUCUACCUAAUCUUACUUUUCAUGUGUUUAGAAUGACCAGAUUCUUUUCAGUCGUUUCAUGGCUGAAGUUAUUUCUUACAUUAAGCGCCUUUGCGCCGUCAUGAAACAUUCACUUGGUUUUGACAUAUAUGAAGAAACGUAAAGGAAGAACGCAACCACGCGAAGCGAUACUGUUGUGGCAUCUACCUUCUUUUGAGAUAAGGAUACCACCAUCGAGAAAAAUGUGAAGAAAAAUUUUCGUCAGCCAAAAGAUCCCACCGUCCACAAGUAGGAUGAGUAGAAAUCUUCGUCUGCCAGAAGCCACUGGUUUCAUAAGUGCGGGCUCUGUGUGCAGUCAAAACGUAUGUAGGCUUCUCUCUAGGUUUAUCUAACCUGAAAAGUUGAAGAGAAUGCAAGAUAAUGCAGAGCGAUUGUUUGUAGGUUGGUGUAAACGCACGUCUUU